AUGGUCGAUCGUACAAAUGUCGCAAGCCAUUUCCUCGGUGGCAAUUCGGUGCAAGUGGCGCCUCAAGGAGCAGUACGCGAUUUCGUACAGGCACAUGAAGGACAUACAGUGAUCAGCAAAGUGCUUAUUGCGAACAAUGGCAUGGCAGCCAUGAAGGAGAUUCGUUCUGUACGCAAGUGGGCCUAUGAGACGUUUGGUGACGAGCGAGCUAUUGAGUUUACAGUGAUGGCAACACCAGAAGACCUAUCCGUCAACGCCGAAUAUAUCCGCAUGGCCGACAAUUACAUUGAAGUCCCUGGUGGCACGAAUAACAACAAUUACGCCAAUGUUGAGUUGAUUGUGGAUGUGGCAGAAAGAAGUGGUGUUCAUGCUGUAUGGGCAGGAUGGGGCCACGCAUCAGAAAACCCACGAUUACCAGAAAUGUUAGCUCAAAGCAAGAACAAGUGUGUAUUUAUCGGUCCACCAGCAUCGGCUAUGCGAUCCUUGGGUGAUAAGAUCUCUUCUACUAUUGUUGCACAACAUGCCAAUGUCCCAACCAUGAGCUGGAGCGGUGAUGGUAUCAGCCAAGUAGCCCAAACGGAGGAAGGCCAUGUUUUGGUCGAAGAGAAGGUGUAUUUGGAUGCAUGUGUACAAACGGCUGAAGAAGGUCUUGCGUCGGCUGAGAAGAUUGGAUUCCCUGUCAUGAUCAAAGCAUCUGAAGGUGGUGGUGGCAAGGGUAUUCGUAAAGUGGAGGAUGCUGCCAGCUUCAAACAAGCUUUUCAUCAAGUGCAAGGUGAAAUCCCUGGAUCUCCUAUUUUCAUCAUGAAGCUUGCUGGCAACGCUCGUCAUUUGGAAGUGCAACUUUUGGCUGAUCAAUACGGCAAUGCUAUCAGCUUGUUUGGUCGUGAUUGUUCAGUACAACGUCGUCAUCAAAAGAUCAUUGAAGAAGCUCCUGUUACUAUUGCCAAGCCUGAUGUAUUUGAGCAAAUGGAAAAGGCAGCCGUACGACUUGGCAAGCUUGUGGGAUAUGUAUCAGCUGGUACCGUUGAGUAUUUGUACAGCCAUCAAGAUGAACGUUUCUACUUUUUGGAGUUGAAUCCAAGAUUGCAAGUGGAGCAUCCAACCACUGAAAUGGUUUCGGGUGUCAAUUUACCAGCCGCUCAAUUGCAAAUCGCUAUGGGUAUCCCUCUUCAUCGUAUUCGCGAUAUUCGCAUGCUUUAUGGUGUACAGCACAACAGCGCAUCUCCUAUUGAUUUCGACUUUGCCAAUCCCAAUUCAUUUGAAGUGCUACGUCGUCCAGUAGCCAAAGGACAUGUUAUUGCUGUGCGCAUCACUGCCGAGAAUCCUGAUGCUGGUUUCAAGCCUUCUUCUGGAAUGAUGCAUGAGCUCAAUUUCCGAUCCAGUACCAAUGUUUGGGGUUAUUUUUCGGUUGCAUCAGCUGGUGGUUUGCAUGAAUACGCUGAUUCACAGUUUGGUCACAUUUUCGCUUAUGGAGAGAAUCGACAACAGGCUCGCAAGAAUAUGGUCAUGGCAUUGAAAGAAAUCUCCAUUCGUGCAGCUUUUCGUACAACAGUUGAAUACAUCAUUCGUUUAUUGGAGACUCAAGACUUUGAAGAGAAUACAAUCAAUACUGGAUGGCUUGAUAUGCUCAUUUCAACCAAGUUGACAGCCGAACGACCUGAUCAAAUGCUUGCCGUGUUUUGUGGUGCUGUUAUCAAAGCACAUGCCUUGUCUCAAGAAUGCCGUAAACAGUACAAACAAAGCCUUGAACGUGGCCAAGUCCCCGGUAGAGACAUGCUCAAAACCGUGUUCACUGUGGAUUUCAUCUAUGAGGAUCAUCGUUACAACUUUACAGUCACUCAAUCAGCACCCAGCAUUUAUACCUUAUAUUUGAACGGCACCAAAACACAAGUUGGCGUGCGUGAUCUCACUGAUGGCGGCUUGUUGGUAUCUCUUGGCGGCAAAUCAUACACCACCUAUUCACGUGACGAGGUUCAAGCUACACGUCUUAUGAUUGAUGGCAAGACUUGUUUACUCGAGAAGGAAUCGGAUCCAACACAGUUACGCUCACCUUCACCUGGCAAACUUGUCAGCUUAUUAUUGGAGAAUGGACAACAUGUGAAAGCUGGUCAAGCAUAUGCUGAGAUCGAGGUCAUGAAAAUGUACAUGCCAUUGCUCGCUCAAGAAGAUGGUUGCGUUCAAUUCAUCAAGCAAGUGGGUGCUACCCUUGAAGCUGGUGACAUUAUUGGUGUUCUCUCGCUUGAUGAUCCAUCACGUGUGAAAAAGACAUUGCCUUUUGCUGGUACUGUUCCUGCUUUUGGUCCUCCUCACAUCACUGGCGAGAAGCCCAUCCAACGAUUCCGUGCCACUAAGCGUGCUCUCGAGUACAUUCUCCAAGGCUAUGACAACCAAGCUUUGGUGCAAACAGCUGUCAAGGACUUGUCUCAAGUCUUACGUGAUCCACAAUUGCCGUUCUCAGAGACUGCUGCCCUUAUGUCAUCCAUGUCGGGCCGUAUGCCUUCUCGCCUCGAGCAAAGCUUCCAAGAGUGCCUCAAAACAAACAGCGAUGAAUUUCCAGCUACGCAACUUUUGCAAUUGAUCGAGUCAUAUGUACGUGAACAUGCAUCGACACAUGCCGAGGUAUCAGCCAUCAAGACUCAAGUAGCACCUUUGGCGGAAGUAUUUGAGCGAUACAGCAAAGGAUUGAAGCAUCACGAGUAUUCAGUCUAUGUGGAGCUCAUUGAGCAAUACUAUGUCGUCGAGAUCUUAUUCAGCGGACAACAGAAUCGUGAUGAGGAAGUUGUGCUCUCCCUUCGUGAUCAACACAAGGAUGAUUUGGACAAGGUGCUCAACAUUAUUCUAUCACAUGCGAAGGUGUCUAGCAAAAACAACCUUGUGCUCAUUUUGCUUGACCUCAUUUCACCUGGUGUUGGUGGUGGCCUCGACAAGUUCUUUACACCUAUUCUCAAGCAACUUUCAGAGAUCGAUAGCCGCGCCACUCAAAAAGUUGCACUCAAAGCACGUGAGCUGUUGAUCCUAUGUCAAUUACCAUCCUACGAGGAACGCCAAGGUCAAAUGUUGCAAAUCUUGAGAAACUCUGUCACCGAGAGUGUCUAUGGUGGAGGAAUUGAGAUGCGUACGCCUAGCUAUGAUGCGAUCAAGGACUUGGUCGAUACCAAAUUCAAUGUCUUUGAUGUGCUGCCCAACUUUUUCUACCACGAUGAACCCUACAUUGCCCUCGCUGCUUUGGAAGUAUACGCACGCCGUUCAUAUCAUGCGUACAAGAUUUUGGAUGUGGCGUACAAUUUGGAACAUGCUCCUUACGUCGUUGCUUGGAAAUUCCUUAUGCAAACUGCUACUCGCAGUAUCGAUUCAAACAAGCGUAUCGCCUCAUAUUCGGAUUUGACAUUCUUGCUCAACAACACGGAAGAAGAGCCUGUACGUACAGGUGCCAUGACAGCAUGUCACUCGCUUGAUGAAAUGGAAAAGGAAUUACCACGCAUCCUUACUGCUUUUGAGGAAGAAGAGUUACCCGCAAUGAUGGCUGCUCGUGCUGGUGCUACUACCAAGAAGCCUGCUCGCAUGGAAAACAUCCUCAACAUUGCCAUCCACAGCGAGACGACUCAAGAUGAUGCCUAUUGGAAGCACAAGGUGGCUCAAGUGAUCAAACAGCAUAAAGAUGCAUUCCGCCGUGCCCAUCUACGUCGUGUUACCAUUGUGAUUUGCCGUGCCAACCAAUGGCCCGAUUUUUACACAUUCCGUGAGCGUGAAGAUUAUGUUGAAGAUGAAACCAUCCGCCAUAUUGAACCUGCUCUUGCCUAUCAAUUGGAGCUUGCACGUCUUUCCAACUUUGACAUCAAGCCAUGCUUCAUUGAAAAUCGGCAAAUGCACGUGUACUAUGCCGUUGCUAAGGAAAAUCCAAGCGAUUGCCGUUUCUUUAUUCGUGCAUUGGUACGACCAGGUCGCGUGAAAGAUUCCAUGCGUACAGCCGAUUAUUUGAUAUCUGAAAGUGAUCGAUUGUUGACCGAUAUUUUGGAUACAUUGGAGAUUGUCAGCCAUGAAUACAAGAAUUCCGAUUGCAAUCACUUGUUCAUCAACUUUAUUCCAACAUUUGCUAUUGAAGCUGACCAAGUUGAACACGCCCUCAAAGAAUUUGUCGAUCGCCAUGGAAAACGCCUCUGGAAGCUACGUGUGACAGGAGCAGAGAUUCGAUUCAACAUUCAGUCGCAACGUGAUGGCCCUGAUGCACCUAUCAUCCCCAUGCGAUUUACAGUCAACAAUGUAUCGGGCUAUAUUCUAAAGAUGGAUGCCUACCAAGAAGCCAAGACUGACAAGGGCACAUGGAUUCACAAAUCAGUGGGAAGUAUUCCAGGCGCUAUGCACAUGCAACCUAUCACCACGCCUUACCCAACCAAAGAAUGGCUUCAACCUCGCCGCUACAAGGCUCAUCUUAUGGGCACCACUUAUGUGUACGAUUUCCCUGAAUUGUUCAAGCAAGCUAUUCAUAAUCAAUGGGUACAAGCUAUCGCGCAGGAUCCAUCACUCAAGGAGCCAAGUCAUGUGAUCGAGGGCAAAGAGCUCGUGGUGGAUGAGGAUGGCUCUAUUCAAGAAAUCGAUCGUGCUCCAGGAACCAAUACUGUAGGCAUGAUCGCAUGGUUAUUGACAUUGCGUUCACCUGAAUACCCCAAGGGACGUCGUGUGGUGGUGAUUGCGAAUGAUAUCACUUUCAAGAUUGGUUCAUUUGGUGUGGCCGAGGAUACCUUUUUCUACAAGGCAUCAGAGCUUGCUCGUAGUUUGGGUAUCCCUCGUAUCUAUUUGUCUGCCAAUUCAGGAGCACGUAUUGGUUUGGCUGAUGAGCUCAUUAGUCAAUUCAAGGCUGCAUGGAAGGAUCCUGCCAAUCCAGCUGCCGGCUUCAAGUAUUUGUAUCUGACCCCUGAGACAUAUCAAUCCAUUGCCGCUCAGCAAAACAAUGGCCAAAAAAGUGUCAACGUCGAAGAGAUUGAAGAAGAUGGUGAAAAACGUUGCCGCAUCAUUGACGUUAUUGGCUACAACGAUGGUCUUGGUGUUGAAAAUUUGCGAGGAUCGGGUCUUAUUGCAGGUGCUACAUCUCGUGCUUAUGAUGAUAUCUUCACCAUUACCUUGGUCACAUGUCGCUCUGUGGGUAUCGGUGCCUAUUUGGUGCGAUUGGGUCAACGUGCUGUGCAAAAUGAAGGCCAACCUAUUAUCUUGACGGGUGCUCCAGCUCUCAACAAGGUGCUUGGUCGUGAAGUAUACACAUCCAAUUUGCAACUUGGCGGCACACAGAUCAUGUACAAGAAUGGUGUAUCACAUUUGACAGCUGAGAAUGAUCUCGAAGGCGUUGUCAAGAUUGUACAGUGGUUGUCAUUCGUGCCUGAAGUGCGUGAUGCUCCUGUUGUUACUCGUAUUGGUGUUGACCCUGUGGAUCGUGAAAUUGAAUACAUGCCACCCAAAGGUCCUUCGGAUCCACGUUUGUUUUUGAAUGGCAAAGAAGAAGAAGGGGGUCGAUGGCUAUCAGGUUUCUUUGAUCGCAACUCUUUUGUUGAAACAUUGAGUGGUUGGGCACGCACAGUGGUUACAGGUCGUGCACGCCUUGGUGGAAUUCCUAUGGGCGUUGUCGCUGUUGAAACACGCACCGUUGAAAACAUCAUUCCUGCCGAUCCUGCUAAUGCCGAAUCCACUGAACAAGUGCUUAUGGAAGCUGGUGGCGUAUGGUAUCCCAAUUCAGCAUUCAAGACUGCACAAGCUAUCAAUGACUUUAACAAGGGUGAACAAUUGCCAUUGAUGAUAUUUGCCAAUUGGCGUGGUUUCUCUGGUGGUCAACGUGACAUGUACAAUGAAGUACUCAAGUAUGGCGCCAAGAUUGUUGAUGCGCUUAGCAACUACAAGCAACCUGUAUUUGUGUACCUUGUUCCUAAUGGCGAGUUACGUGGUGGUGCAUGGGUUGUUAUCGAUCCCACUAUCAACGAGGACAUGAUGGAAAUGUAUGCCGAUAAGGAAGCACGUGGAGGUGUGCUUGAGCCUGAAGGUAUUGUUGAGAUCAAGUAUCGCAAGGCACAGCAACUAGCAACAAUGGAACGACUUGAUGAGCGAUAUGCAAGCCUGAAGCGACAACUUGAAGAUCCUAGCAAGUCGACCGAAGAAAAGAACGAGAUCAAGAAGCAGUUGGAAGCACGUGAACAAGAAUUAUUACCAGUGUACCAGCAAAUCGCUAUUCAGUUUGCCGACUUGCAUGAUCGUGCUGGUCGUAUGGAAGCUAAAGGUGUGAUUCGCAAACCACUCGAAUGGCGACAUGCUCGACACUACUUUUAUUGGCGCGUACGUCGUAGACUUGCCGAGGAGUAUACUUUACGCAAGAUUGUCAGUGCUACCAACAAUCGCUUGCCUCGAGAGCAAAUGUGCAGCUUGAUGAAGCAGUGGUUUGGUCAGGAUAACAACAACGAGACGAGCCAAUGGGACAUUGCUGAUCGACAUGUUGCAGAGUGGUUCGAUAACUAUGCAACGCCCAUUGAACAACGCAUCAACAAGCUCAAGCGUGAUACUACCAAGGAACAAGUGGUUGUGCUCGGUGCUAUGGAUCAAGACGCUGUCAUUGAAGGCUUUAGCAAGUUGAUCGAAAACAUGAGCCCUGAGGCACGCAAGGAAACUUUACGAAAGCUGGCGUCUCGCUUUUGA